AGAGAAGCUGGUGUUUUAAGUUCGGGGGACCCGGCCCACACCCUGGGGCACCUGUUGCCAGAGAGAUGGUCUUGUGGACGGCUCCCCUCCCAGCGUCUCUACGGCAACUUCAGUGGUUGUCCGUAGGAAGCAGUGACGCGAGGGGAAUUCUUCCCGGACACUUCGCUUCUUUUAAUGGAAUUUAGCAUCUGGAACCAAAGAGCCAGAUGUGAGCAGCUAGCUGGCUGCAGACCCUUGGCAACACCCCAGUAAAUCGCCUUAGCUGGCUGAAGACUAGCUGCAAGGGCUUGAUAGGCCGCGGGUAAUCUAUGGACCAUGCACCACGCACAGGCAACCACUGGCUUAGUAAAACUUGCUGGGUCUAAAUGGGAUCUAGCAUCACUAAAGCAAGGAUGGGUCCAGCCCUAGCCCCUGGGGUUUGCUGGAUGGCACCAGGCCUUUAGGUUUACCCUUCAGGGUAGGGGAGGUUGAUGCUGUUUUUUUUUAGCAAUGGAAGAUGUUAUGAUAACUUGUAAUGAGCCUUCCAGAGAGUGUCCUGCUUUGCAGGAAGAGGAAAUAGGAUCCAGAUUCAGCAGCUGGCCUCCUUUGCAAGUUUCUAAUCGCAUGGCUGCAGCCCUGUGAUCAGGUGCUAGUUAAUGGGCGAUUGCCAGAGAUGGCAGUUUGUAAAAGUCUCUCUUCAGUCGGAAAACGUGAUGUUAACUUGACUUGAUGGUCUGAAUUCAAUGUCACCUCUUGCCCAGGCUUUGCAAAUGAAUGUCCUCCCUUUCAAAAGGCCUGGAAGUCUUGAGGGCGUGCACCUCCUCCAGCGAUGACCUCUGGUGGGAGGUGCCGUGCCAGGAAGUUGCUACAGUGCAUUGGUCCGUCAGCAAUGCCUGGGGCUGGCAGAGCAGUCCUGCUUCUUGGCAGGUGGGAGCUGGGGUAUAAGUGUAGGUGCUUUUCAAGUUCAGAUCCCUCCGUUAGCACAGGGGACGCUCCAAGAGCUUGGAGUGGAGAGAGUUUAAGUGGCGUUGUGCACAGCUUUGAAAUGGAGCCAGGGCGGCUGCUCGUCACUGGCGUGUUGGGUAUAAGAGAUGCCGUGUUCCUCGGGGCAGCAGCCCUCCCCUAUGCAUCUGCACAGAAUAAAUAACAGGAGGUGGCACCUUGCAGGCAAUUUUUGAGUGUGUUUGCUUUGAGACACAAUAUGGGAAGGCUGGCAAAGCACAAAUAGCUGACGGCUGUGCUCUUUGCUGCAUGAAUUCUUCUUGUCCUCUGCUGCACAGUGUCAGGCAUAGAUAUGGCUCUGAGCUUGGAGUCUGUCCCCUGGAGAGUCUGUCCAUCCACUCAGGCAGGGCUGAGGGGGCCCAGGCGAUCUCUAGGCUCAUGUAGAUCUCAGAUGUGAUACCGAAUCCAAACCACCAGCAACGUCCAUUGCACUUUCCUCUGCCCUGGAAGGAGAGGGGGCAUCGGGCUAUCUGAGCCUGGAGUGGCCCUAGAACACUGGAAAAGAAAGACCUUUCCCCUCUGCUGGUGCCUCUGGGGAAGAGGUUGCAGGGCCGUGUCUCUCUGUGGGAUUCUGCUGAGCCGGAUGCCUUGGGCACUAAACAGCCUGGACUGGACCCAGCACAGCCGGACGUUCAUCAAUCUCACGGGUCCUUUCACCAACAAAAGGAAGGAGUAUUCGGAGCGGAGGAUUAUAGGGUACUCCAUGCAGGAAAUGUACGAGGUGGUGUCCAACGUGGAUGACUACAAGCACUUUGUCCCCUGGUGCAAGAAGUCGGUGGUGGUCUCCAAGCGCACGGGCCACGUGAAGGCUCAGCUGGAAGUGGGCUUCCCGCCCGUCCUGGAGCGAUACACCUCCAUUGUCACCCUGGUGCGCCCACACCUUGUCAAGGCCAUCUGUACUGACGGGAGGCUCUUCAACCAUCUGGAGACCAGCUGGCGCUUCAGCCCUGGCAUCCCAGGCUACCCCCGCACCUGCACGGUGGAUUUCUCGAUCUCCUUCGAGUUCCGCUCCCUGCUGCACUCGCAGCUCGCCACGGUCUUCUUCGACGAGGUGGUCAAGCAGAUGGUGGCCGCUUUCGAGCGGCGGGCGGCCAAGAACUUCGGGCCGGAGACGCGCAUCCCCCGGGAGCUCAUGUUUCACGAAGUUCACCAAACGUGAGGGGGUCGGGGCCGCACGUGCAGACUCUGUCGAGGUGGUGGGCAGGGCGUCCAAGCGCCUCCCGCCGCCUUUUUAACUAUUUAUUUAAUUUCACCUCUCCUGACGGUCUCUCUAAUUUAUCUGCUGUGCCGAGAAUGGGGACGUACCCAGAGUGGCUGGGUCUAGCUGCCCCGGAGCGUCCCCCAGGCCUGCCAUCUUGCACAGAAGAACCACACCUGCCCGCCGGGCUCCAUAUUUUUGUAGCUAACUUUAUUUUAAAUUUAUUUUAUUUUGGG